AUGGAUGAUGAAGAAUCUUAUGAAAGUGGCAUUAGUAGCGAUGAUAGUUUAAGUGUUGCAAAAAAAAAAUAUGUAACAAAUUCUGAAGGGUGUUGUUAUAAUUUCUCGAAUGAAAUAUUUAAGUUAAGUGUAAUUUCUUAUUAUUUUUGGAUAGGAUUUUGUUAUCUUAUAGGAUCUGUAGUAUUUUCAACAGGAUAUAAUAGUUCAUCUUUAAGAAUUCAAGAUCAGAUUGUGUGUGCAGCUAGCUCAAAUGUUUAUUUAUUUUCAAUUUUGUGGUUUUUCAUAGGUGUAAUAUCUAUAGUUACUUGUAUUGGGUAUUCUCUAUCAAUCGAUGAAGAAAAUAAUAAAAUUUACUCAAAAAAUUCUCCUUUAUUUAUAUAUAUUUUAGGAAUAUUGUGUAAAACAAUACCAACAAUAGUAAGAGUUAUUCAUAUUUUUAAUUUAUUUCAAUUAUAUCUAAUAACACUUGAUAUUAUGUUUUUACCAGAAUGUAAUUCAUUUUAUGUUAGAUUUAUUUUAUUUAUUAUUCAUAUUCUUUGGUGGUUAAUUGUUUUUUUUGGUAUUAUUUCAAGAAAAAAAAUUUUCUUACCUCCUCAUUUAUAUAAACCAUUAACUAACGACACUGGAUUUGUUGUCUAUAUAAAUAAUUUACUUCAUUCAUUUGGAUUGUAA